UUGAAUUUAUCAAAGAAAUUUCAGGCUUUCAAUAAUUUUUACAAUUAUUUACGUGAUAUUACAAUCAGUGAAAAGCAAUGUGGGCAGUGUUCUUAUCAACAAAGUUGUGGAAGACAAUGCCAUAGACGUGGCACAAUCGAUGUGAUCAAUCCGUUGUUUGUUGCUGAACGCAUCUGCACAGAACAUGAUCAGUCCAGUGCUUGCGAAUCCAAAUUUGUUGAAAAUUGCAAACUCUGGCCAAACGCUAACGUUUAUUUGCCAAAUGUCACGCAAACAAUGCAAGAACUGAUCGACAAGAUAGAUUAUUUGACUUGCAUUCCACAAAUAAAGUUUAGGUCAACAUUUGAGUUAAAUCACUUUCACUCAAGAAUGCUUUUCAGAAUAAAUGGUGAAAAAGUAUGUCGUUGUUGUUGCCAUCCGUAUGUUCCAAAUGCAGCCACAAUGCAGUGUGAACUUAAACCUUACUUGGUGCGCAAUCAACAACAAUAUCUGUAUGAGAAAGUUCAAGACAUCACAGACUAA